AGAAAAACCCCCGACGACGAACCCGCGACUUAACCACCUCCUCCAGACGACCCUCCCCCAACCCGCCAGCUCGAGAAACCCUCCCGAGUCAGUGUUGGAAGCCGAUACACCGCAACCAUGGCGACAGAGUUGACCGUGCAGUCUGAGCGCGCUUUCCAGAAGCAGCCCCAUAUCUUCCUCAACUCGAAGGUUAAGUCCAAGAGCAAGAAGGUCGGAAAGGGUGGCCGAAGAUGGUAUAAGGAUGUCGGUCUCGGAUUCAAGACCCCCAAGACCGCCAUUGAGGGAAGCUACAUCGACAAGAAGUGCCCAUUCACUGGUCUCGUCUCCAUCCGUGGCCGUAUCCUGACCGGCACCGUUGUCUCCACCAAGAUGCACCGUACCGUCAUCAUCCGCCGGGAAUACCUUCACUACAUCCCCAAGUACAACCGUUAUGAGAAGAGACACAAGAACCUUGCCGCUCACGUUUCUCCCGCAUUCCGUGUUGAAGAAGGUGACCAGGUCACCGUUGGACAGUGCAGACCUUUGAGCAAGACUGUCCGAUUUAACGUCCUCCGCGUCCUCCCCCGCACCGGCAAGGCCGUCAAGGGAUUCAGCAAAUUCUAAAUGGCUUACGGUUGGAGGGGAGUUUGUGAGAUACUGAUGGGUGGAGGUAUAUCAAUGAACGCGAGCGCGGACGGCCGUUGCCCCAUAUCAGAGGUUCCUCGAAUAGAGACAAAGAAUAUGGAAAGAACAACUAGCUGUCUAAGCUUGCUUUUCAACUUUGGCACGACUAAGCAGUAAAAGGCUCACGGUAACCCUGUGUCACCCGGCGGGGGUUUCGCAUUUGUCUUUUUAAAAGGAUUUUUACCAUUCCAACAUUAUGAUGGAGUUUUUAGCUGCCAAUGCCAUAGGGAAAUUCAAUUUUUCAUUCCGUUUCAGACUCGGAUUUAAAAGCGCAGUUAUUAGCUCCGUUAAACCUCUUCUCGACAACCG